UUUGACGUGGAAGGCCGCCAUUUCGUCCACGGUGCGAACCGUCGGGCGAACUGGUGCGGCAUGAAGUACGCUGCGAACCCGCGAGUAGUCAUUCACUCCCUUCGGCCUGAAAAUUUUGGGGACACCGCAGGGUGCAGCUUCUCACGUGACGAGCAGCGUGCAGCCCGCUUGCAAUGAUUAUCAAAUACCGAUAGGCGUCACAGUCUACUAUAGUUCGCUCACGCUGUUCAUGUAUGUGCGGCUGCAUUAACAUUAACUCAGUCGAUGACUACUUGGUUUCACGGCUGGCUUGAGGAAUUCCCUCGGCAGCGUUGACCUCAGCAAGACCGGCGCCAUGAAUCGGCCUCUUGAGCUCGAGUCGCCUCGCCUUCCAUUGCGAAGGGGCCAGACAGCUCCCUUGAGUCCACUUGCACCGGCUGAAGAGUCCAGCCCGCGGCGGGACUUGAGCAGUGACCUUGAGCGACUCGGGGGCUCGCCAUCGCCAGACUCGCACCGGCGCACAAAGCUGCCAUGGGGCCUGAAGCUCAAAGGAUUCUUCUCCAAGCUCAGCCUUCGGAGCCCGUCAUCUACAAAGGUCGCGAGUGAGCCCACUUCGCCGGUUGGGGUGGUGCCGGGGUCCGUUGGGCGGCUUUUGGGAGCACAGCACGACGCGCGCGCGUGCCGCAGCCCUGGCGCACCCAGCCGGGAGUCGCGAGUCACCUCAGAUUGCUCAGGCGAUGACAGCGGGCGUUUGAUUGUGCUGGAUGGCUCACCAGCGGGCGAUUCUACCUUCAUGUUUGCACGGCGCUCGUCGAGCUUCAGCCCCAGCUUGCCGCCUACGGCGGGCCCGCUGCCGCAACCCCAGCAGCGUCGGCUCCUGCCGCCACGCCGCAACCCCCUCAGCCCUCUCAGCGCCACCAACACGCCGCAAGGAUCAUGGGAUGGUCGUGGAGGCGCUGCCCUGGCGUCACCAACAGCGGCAGGCACGAGUGCCAGCGGGCCUCUCGCGUCGGCGGUGGCGGGGCGCCCCGCAGUAACCGUGGGAACCGCCAGGCCGCAACAGCCGCCGCACCAGUCGCACCUGGCGGUGUCGCUGGCGCGCUCAAUCGCCGGCUCCCAAAACUCCGUACCCGCACUGCUGACAGCAGAGCCAACAAGCCCGUUGGCAUGGCCGCAUGCCUUCCAGCGGACGAGCGCGGGACCGCCGUCAAUCCUGGAAUCCGCAUCCUCGGCAGCCGCCGGUCCUGCUCGGCACAAUGCAGCCGCCAACCGCAUGUGGCGCGAGCCCCCAUCCACAUCAGAGCACCGCUCCCACAGCAGCAACCUGGAAACCCUGGGCUCGGCGCUGACUGCAAUGAGGGCAGCAGCGGGCUCUGGCCAGCCUGCAGCAGCAGCAGCCGGCACGACUGCUACUGCGUUGGACGCCACGGCCGAGCACGGCGAUAAUGCGUUCACCAGCAGGCGCGCGCGCAGCAGCGACUGCAACCCCGCAGCCGUGUCUGCUAGCGCUCCAGGGGCCGCAGGGGCAUCGCUGCUGCUUGCUGUGUCUCCUGCGCUGCCGCCCUCCAUGUCGCGGCCGGUGUGGUCGGUGGAGGACUACAGCAUCUCCAGGCGCCUCUACAAGGGCAGCUCCUCGGCCGUGUACAAGGCCAUCUGUACCCGCUCUGGCCUGCCCGUGGCCCUGAAAGUGUACUUCCUCAACCGCCUGCCCAGCAACUGCCUCCACAUGCUCAAACGUGAAAUCCAGAUCCACACCAGCCUCGUCCACAAACACGUGGCACGUCUGUACGGCGCUUUCUUGGAGCGCGGCGCGCCCGGCAGCAGCGCCCCCAGCACCAAGGUGGUCCUGGUGCAGGAGUACGCCACACGCGGGGACAUGUUUGACGUGAAGCAGAAGCUGGGCGGCCGCAUCAAGCCUGCACAGGUUGCGUCCCUCAUCAUGAAGCCGCUGCUGGAGGCGCUGACCUACAUGCACUCACACGGCAUCUUGCACCGAGACAUCAAGCCUGCCAAUGUGCUGUUCACCACCGACUGGCGGCUGCUUGUGGCGGACUUCGGCGUGUCCAUCAACCUGCACCACGAGCGGGCGGUCACGCGCGCCGGCACGGAGGGCUACAUGGCUCCCGAGGUGGAGCGCUGCCCGCUCAAGGCCGAGCCGCAGGAGAACAAGGACAAGCCGCAGCUGGCGUACUCGACUGCGGUGGACAUCUGGGCGGUGGGGUGCAUGGCGUACGAGCUCAUGGUGGGCUUCCCGCCAGCGAUCGCGCCGCAGCGGCAGCACGCGCCAGCGGGAGCUGGCCCCACGGGCGCACAAAACGCAGACGGGGGCCCGGGCUGUGGAGUGCACACACAGCUCUCGGUGCAGUUCCCCGCAACGGUCCCACAGGAUGCCCGGGACUUCAUCUGCGCCGCCGUAGCUCCGGACCCUCGCACAAGGCCCACUGCCGCGCAGCUGCUGGCGUCGGCGUGGCUGCAAGGCCGGGAGGACGCCACGGACGCGGGCACGGACGCGGGGGUUGCUGGUGACCCCUGACGGCACCGCGAGUUUCUAUAUCUCUAUCUUAUCGUGGCAUGACAUGGCAUAGAAUCUGCAGUCAGGAGCUCAGCAAAGAACCUGUUGCAUGCAAUGGUAUCAUCGGCGAGCAUUGGCGAGCACUUCAUUGCACAGUGCAUGGCAUGUUUGUUCUGGGUGUGCAACUGUGCACUGGUGGGAAGGAUACCAGGUUGAUGUAGUCGUACAAGCACAUGGCCUUCCGUCCAGGCGUCGUGGGUUCCUUGCAUGCACCAUUUGCGUUCAGGCGCCGUGGGCUCAGCCCCACUAUGAGAAAGGGGCAAGUAGUUGAGUGGCCUUUCCUUUGUCCGACUAUUCCAAUGCUCCCGCAUUACUUAAGUUGACGUGUCGCUCGUCACUGUGUCCUUACCGCAUGACGUCUUGCUUUCUUUAUGUUGAUGGCCGCGCACGUAGAGCACAUUGGGCCCAGGCCCCGCCUGCGUGAGCCUGAUGCGGUUGUGCUGCCUUGCAGCUGCUUGGGCUCACACGUGCGCCGCUGCCCAGGGUUUCGGACCGAAAGCAGAGGAGGUAAAUAAGGAGUGGCACAGUACAAAAGCAAAGAAUAAGGUAGCUCUCAAUGUUUGGUCUUGGCACGGAGUUCAUGAAGUACCUGUAAGCACGGCUUGACUGAAUCAACGUCUGUGCGCGCGUGCGUGCGUGGGUGUGCAGUGUAUGAUGGUCUAUGUGUUGCAUCCCUGGUGUGUGGGGUGUGCAAUACAUGAUGGUCUAUACGGCACAUAUGUCACAACGACAGCGCUCUUUGCGCUUGAAUUAUCUGGUUACUCAAUACUCAUGCGUUCGUUCUGCUUGUUUGCGCCCAAGCCUCAACGACGUCGUGUUUUAGCCUUCUCCCAUACGCAUUUAUAGUUCAUCUUCGUGGUUGCGAGUUGCGGUAUGUAAAAAGUUCGAUCUUGGCAUCGUUGGCUCAGGUCUCCCGCUAACUACGCGCACCUGUUCACGCCUGUACGUGCAGUUGGGCCAGGGUGGAUGGGCCGUUUCUAUUUGUGCCGUGUUAAUUACAAGUGAUGAUUUUAAGUGCAGAAGCAAGGGCACGUUGCCAUGGCGAUGCUCAUCCAUGAAGGGCGCGCCCCAUCAGUCGUGUGAAGGGGAUUCAUCGUUUGGGACGCGUGCCGCGUGCCUAGAAGCCAGGGCUUUGAGCCCUUGACCCAAAGGUGCAAUGCAUAAGCUUGCCAUGCCGUUAUCAUAAAGUGUUAUAUGUUGUUCUUUUCUUCUGCGGCCCAACGGCGAGUGCAGCCGUUGCGGCAACGCCAAGGCCACCAAGUCCAUGUGCGGUAAGGGCGCGCUUGGUGCGCGGCUUCUUCGUGCGGUGCAACUUGCGGUACUGCAAGCCCGACCGCAAGAAUUGAGUGUGCGAUGGUGUGGUGUGUGAUGAGCUGAUGGGGGCACGAUGGUGGCACAGGGGCCUUGGCGAACCGCAGUCUGGGUUUCCGGGGGGGGACGAGGGGGUCGGGGGAAACGAGAGGGUGAGGGGGUGGGGAACUUGUCCUAAAUGCCUGUCACGGCGCGCCCGCACGUACUCAACAAUUUACAUAGCUAGUGUUUGCGAUAGCAAGGCAGUCGUUGACAGCAGCGGUUGCGACGUUUCCUGUCGCGCGGUUGAUUUGAGUCCAACUGGCUAGGGCCGCUUGCAGAAAUGGACAUAUAAAAGAUGGCGACGAGUUUGCAUUACAGUAAUCGCGGCGGCCGCGCGGACUUGGUUGUUGGUUCCCCCCCCCCUGCCCGUGCUCCCAAUCAAACGGCACACUUUAUUUUACAUAAA